GGGCCCGCACGAGUUUGGGGAAAGCGGGGGCUGCUGGUGAGUCUGGGCAGGAGGCUGCGAGAGCCGUCCUCUGCGGUUUCUCCCGGCGUGGGGGCUGACAGCCCAGCCCGCGUGUUGGUGUUCCGCCCCCCACGUCCCCCUCCUACAGCCUUGAUUAGGUUUGAUCGGUUUCUCAGCUUACUGUGCAGUCUCCCCCAGGUGACUGCUCGGCUCCCGCACAUGUCCUUUUCACAGCUAAACCUCAGACGCAGCCGUUUUUGGUGUUGGUGGUGGGGGCAGGCAUCAUUGAUGGGACUGGGGAAGUGAGACUGGUUUUCAGGGGAGAUGAGGAGAGUUCUGCUGCAGACACAUGGAGUCUGAGGCGACACCUAAGACCUGGCUGAAGGAGGUUAGAAGGAAGGCGGGCACUUCGGAUGGGUGGGUGGAGAGGCAGGAACCAAAGGGACUUGGAAGAGGAGGGAGAUCCAAGAGUAGAAGGUUGGGGGCGAACCCGAAGGAGAAAACAUUCAGGGAGCCUUAGGUGAGAGGAGGACCGGCCAAGCAGAAAGAACCGCCCAAGGUGGUGUGGGGUACCAAGGAGAGCAAGGAGGGGAGCCCUGGGGAUGGGGUGUGCCCACGCGGCGGACAGAUGCAGGGAGGGAGCGCAGCUCUUUGCAUUUGGCAAGGCUGAGGUGAGGGGUGUGCUGAGCAGGUUCGUUGUCCAGACUCCCGCCAGGCUCGGCGGUAAGUCCCAGCCCCACCACUUCCCGGUGCCUUGUUAGGUCCUUCCUCCUCUGUGAAACAGGGAUGAUCGCGCCUAGGCCUGCUGCAAGGGAAGCAGGUAACUAGCUAACGGGUCUCCGGGGUAAGCAUUUGACAUGUUUGUCCUCCCCGAAGCCUCCACAGAGGACAGAACUAAGGUUCAGAGAAGUUACCUGCUCAAGGUGAAAGCUGUGGCCCUUGCAUUACUUCAGUAGAAUAAUGGCUGUUUUUGGAAAGAAGAAACAUGGAAAAUGGUGCAGUUCUGCUGGAAUCCAAAUCCUCACCAGUUAACCUUCUGCAUGAAAUGCAUCAACUACGCCUUCUGGGUCACCUGUGUGACGUGACUGUGAGCGUGGAGUACCAGGGUGUCCGAGAAGAAUUCAUGGCCCAUAAGGCGGUGCUGGCAGCCACCAGCAAAUUUUUUAAGGAAAUGUUCCUUAAUGAGAAGACUAUGGAUGGUACUAGGACUGUCUACUUACACGAAGUGCAAGUGGUUGACUUUGCUUCAUUUCUUGAGUUUGUCUACACCGCAAAGGUACAGGUGGAAGAAGAUCGGGUGCAGCGAAUGCUGGAAAUGGCUGAGAAGCUAAAAUGUUUGGACUUAUCAGAAACUUGUUUUCAAUUAAAGAAACAGAUGUUAGAGUCGGUGCUUUUGGAGUUGCAGAGUUUCUCCGAGUCUCAGGAGGUGGAAGGGAGCAGUGGCUCCCAAGGCAGUGUUACUUCUGACACUGGGGCAAGUGUGGCCGUGGACAGUCCUUUCACCAACGGCCUUGUGGCCUCCUUAGCUCCUCCAGUGCAGAGAAUCAGCAACGGUACGUUGCCAGAGCUGUCCCCAAGGAAGUCCAAAGAAAAACCAGACAAGAAGAAAGAUGGAGUUAAGCCUUCCUACCCCAAAGUCAGAAGAGCUAGUGGAAGGCUGGCUGGCAGAAAGGUAUUUGUGGAAAUUCCUAAAAAGAAAUACACAAGAAGACUCCGAGAGCAGCAGAAAAGUGCUGAGGAUGAUGUGGGGGACUACGGGUGUACCCAAGACCCCAGCCCAGACACUGUGGGGACCGAGGAUGAGCCAGUGACAAAAAGUGAGGAUUUCAGUGCUGGAGUGGAGGUCGGGGAGGUGCUGCAGAAGGCAGGGCAGGUGGGGGAGGAGGAGGAGGAGGAGGAAGGGGAGGAGGGGGAGGAGGAGAAAAGGAAGAGCAACUUUAAGUGUACCAUCUGCGAAAAGUCCUUUCUGUAUGAGAAGAGCUUCCUGAAGCAUAUCAGGCACCACCACGGUGUGGCCACGGAGGUGAUUCACCGCUGUGACACCUGUGGCCAGACCUUCGCCAACCGCUGCAACCUGAAGAGCCACCAGCGCCACGUCCACAGCAGUGAGCGCCACUUCCCAUGUGAGCUCUGCGGGAAGAAAUUCAAGAGGAAGAAGGACGUCAAGCGGCACGUGGUGCAGGUUCACGAGGGGGGUGGCGAGCGGCACCAGUGCCAGCAGUGCGGCAAGGGCCUGAGCUCCAAGACGGCCCUGCGGCUCCACGAGCGGACACACACCGGCCACAAGCCCUACGGCUGCACCGAGUGCGAGGCCAAGUUCUCACAGCCCUCGGCACUGAAGACCCACAUGAGAAUUCAUACAGGGGAAAAACCUUUUGUCUGUGAUGAAUGUGGUGCAAGAUUCACUCAGAACCACAUGCUGAUUUAUCAUAAAAGGUGUCACACAGGUGAAAGACCUUUUAUGUGUGAAACAUGUGGCAAGAGUUUUGCUUCUAAGGAGUAUUUAAAACAUCACAAUAGAAUCCAUACUGGAUCCAAACCCUUUAAAUGUGAAGUUUGUUUCAGGACUUUUGCCCAGCGGAAUUCACUUUACCAGCAUAUUAAAGUCCACACAGGCGAACGUCCCUAUUGUUGUGACCAGUGUGGUAAGCAGUUCACCCAGCUCAACGCUCUCCAGCGUCACCAUCGGAUCCACACAGGAGAGAAGCCGUUCAUGUGUAACGCAUGUGGAAGGACAUUUACUGACAAGUCCACUCUCCGGAGGCACACCUCAGUUCAUGACAAGAAUACGCCAUGGAAGUCCUUCCUUGUUAUUGUAGAUGGCUCACCCAAGAAUGAUGAAGGGCAUAAGACUGAACAGCCUGAUGAAGAAUAUGCAUCAUCCAAACUUUCAGAUAAAUUGCUGUCUUUUGCUGAAAAUAACCAUUUUCACAACCUGGCCACAGUCCCAGGCAGCGUAUCUACUGUGCAUGAGAAUAGUUCUGCCAACACAGCCUGCAAGUCGGACAAUUCUGUGGUGUCCCAGGAUGCUCUGCUGGCCACCACCAUCAGUGAGCUUAGUGAGCUGACACCACAGACAGACUUGAUGCCCACACAACUUCACUCACUGACCAGCAUGGAGUGAGCUUGAAGUGACCUGCCAAGCAGGCCCCAUCCUGCAUCUCGUGUGAUAGUGUGUGCAAGGUGAUGUAUCAGGAACCAAGAUAAAGAACCGUCUGUAGGCAAAGAAGUGGGCAUUCAAGAAUGGCUUCUGAUUUUCCACAAUUUCUGAUAACUUGCACGCUUUUAUCAAAGCAUUUUUGAAGCUUUCCCUUAAAAAUCCUGAUCUGCACGACCUCAGCUCCACUUUAUCAACACAUAAGGCAGUUAACAUAACCUCACUUAAUUCUGGUGUAGGCUGCUAUAGGCAUUCAUCAUUCUAAUGCUUGAUUGUCUUGAUGUUUAUGAAGCUUAACUAUUUACCUUAAUAGAGUACACAGCAUUGAUCCAGCUCAUGAAAUUGCUUUUAAUGGUCUCCCUAGUCUCUCAGCCUGCCUUAUACUUCCAUGUGGGUGUAUUUCUCUGAUACUUUAAAGAUAGUUUUCUACCAACUGAAAUAAAACUGGGGCCAUGUAUUUUUAAUUGUUUCUUUCCUGCCGAAUUGAAGCAAAUCAGAUUUGCUCUAAGCACCCUUGAACUGAAGAGAUGAAUUACUGCAUUCACCCCUUUCUACUCCCCCAACCCCGCACUAAAUAAAGGAAUGACAAAUUGAACACCUGCAAAAUAGUUUAGUAUAGCCUCUACUCACAGCAUAUGUGCAGCUAGGAAAUUUGUCAUAAAGUAGCUUUUGAAAUGAAAUGUGGCUGUUCAUUUUCAUUCCUAAAAAUCCGAUAAGGUAAAAGCUGUCCUACCAAAGAUUUUAGGAGCAAACUAGUAUUUUCUUUUUAUUUUUGCAGAGGUACGAAAAAUUAAGCAAGAGGCUUUAGAACACUUGAAACUUAUGUAGUCAUUUUACUGACGAGUAGCAAUGAGGUGAUUGUGGCUAAUCUUAGAGCACAGAGUAUUAGUAUUUCUGCCUGGUUUAUCUGAUUUAAUUUUCAAGAUUUUCAGAAAAUCAGAACUUUCUCAUUGCCAAAUCAAGAGCUAGAAACAGGCAGGUAAAUGUCACACCUUUGUUUCCUCGGGAGUAUGCGAGAAUAUAGCAGAAGGGACCAAAAGCCUUGGCACACAUCAUUGAUUAUGCCUUAAGAGUAGAUUGUGAAGAACCAAUACUUGUCUUAAAUGCUCCUUCGGCUGUCUCAUGCUGGACUUUACAAUGAAAAGAUAAUUCUGCUGUAUUUGCUAAGUUUGAUUCUUGGUUCCAGUGGCUUUUGUAUGUAGCCGUGACUCAUAUGUAACCCUAAACAUAUUAAUUUAAACAACCUUAAAGUCUUUUGUUUACCAGUUUUUCUACAUUUUAAUUUAUUGACUUGCCGUGAAACACUUUAAUUUUUGAGAAAAGUUCUAAGAGAAAGAACUUAUCCAUAAGUUCCAGGAUGAACACAGCUGUACUAUGCCAGGAACUAAUGAGAGACUUUCUUCCUAUGUGCUUAUUUUCUAGUUUGUGACAUGUUACAUACUAAAGCCACUAUAAGUUGUUUAGGUGCUGAUAACACAGCAGUACUUAACUACUUCAAAUACAGUUAUGACAACAUAUCCUAGUUGUGUUUACAGAACAACAGUAACAAAAAACUGACUGUCAUACAACCAUUUUAUUCUUGGUAAGAGAAUGAAUUGGCCAACUGAUGUACUGUUUCAUGGAGUAAAGUCAUUUUAAUGAGAAGGAAUUUAAAUAAUAGAUUAUUUUGCUACCUACUAGAAUUUUUGUCUUGAAUUCGUUUCUUUAGAAAUUCUACAAAAAAAUUGUUUACUGUGUUAAUAAACAUUUGCUUUGUAAAA